ACAGACAAAUGGCAAGUGUAUCGGCAAUUGGUCUCAAUUGGGUCCAUAUCUUAGAGAAAGAGUUUGAUGUAUCUUUUGUCGACACCGACACGUGUUUGGCCAACGCUUUUGCUGUCGUGUCAGACACUGAAGAGACGGUCAACGGAUCGCAAUUCAAUGAGCUUUUGGUCAACAUAUGCGACGCCAGACAACAUCUCACAGCACUCAGUGGUGUCUUCACUCAAUUGAUUCACAAGACUAUCACUAUUGCUAAUAAUAAUCACAAUUUAGAGAAAGAGUUACAAGAAUUAAAACAGGAAUUAUAUGAAGCAAAAGCUGCAAAUAAUAUAAAUUUAGAAAAUAUUAAACCCAUUGAAAAUCAACAGAAAGAUAAAUACAAAUCACAAUCCAAUCUCUCAAAUGGUUUAGAUUAUUGUCAAAGAAAUUCAUUUGAAAUAUUAAGAACAAGUGAUCCGUUGAAAGACAACGAAACUUUCAAAGUUAAGUCUAAACAAUUGGAUAUCAAGACCGAGGAAUGUCAACAAUUAAGGAAAGAAAAUCAAUCACUUAGACGUCAAACUCUUGAGCUUCAAAGUGAGUUAUUUGGUUCUCGUUUAGCGGCAAAGUAUUUAGACAAAGAGUUAGCCGGAAGGAUACAACAAAUUCAACUGUUAAGCCGUGAAGCGAGAGAUGCCGAACACGAGAGGCUAUGGAACCAAUUGGAGGCCGAAAUACAUCUGCACCGGCAUAAGACUGUGAUCCGAGCCUGUCGGGCCAACACUAUUGAUGGCUGUCCGCUACCAUUACCUCCCGAACACAAUAAUGAUGUCAUUAAAAAGAGACAGGGAGUCGGUAUUUAUCGAUACGUGACAAUUGAUAAGGAGUCCAAUGAAGGAAUUGGUCUUUCUAUUACUGGCGGUAAAGAGCAUGGCGUUCCCAUAAUCAUAUCUCAGAUACAUCCCGACACACCCGCUGCACGUUCGGGUGCUUUAUAUAUAGGCGACGCUAUACUUAGCGUUAAUUCAAUUGAUUUAAGACAAGCCAAACACAUGGAAGCGGCACAUAUACUCUCGAAUCAGAUGGGUAAAUGUUUACUAGAAGUUGUAUUUGUGUCACCCGAUGAACCAACAGAUGAUGACGAAUCAGUCACUGGUUAUGCUGAUGAUGAGCACAGACGUGAUAUUACCGGUUUGGGUAUUAAUGCCGGUAAUUAUCCAUUCUUUGAGCCGCAAGUGAUUGACGCCAAUGACAUACAGUGUAAUGAUUGUUAUAAUAUUCAUGCAAAUAAUGAGACGGAAUCCCUGGAUGAUAGUGUCAGUCAAGUGAAUGAGACCAAUGUCUCAGUUGUCUCAUCGCCAACCAAACGAUACCCUGGAGUCGCAAAAUUGUCUUCAAUCUCAAGAACCAACGAUAUCAUCAUUAGUAGUAAUGACAAAAAAACAGUUAAUGAAAAUUUAAGUCAAUCUAAUGAUAGUUUGGCUACCAAUCAAAAGAAAGAAACUUUUAUCCAAUGAUACGUUUUUUAUAAAGUCAUAAAUUAUCUUUAAAA